UCUCGAAUGAAGUAGCUGAGUUUCAGUUGUUCUGCUUACACACUAAAAGUAGUGUUAUGUACGUUAGUAUUGGUAGUAUAAGAGUAUAGUAUAAAAGUGAACAUCAGGUGGAGUCGAGAAACUGUACAUACAAUUAACAUAGUUUUCUUUAAUACAUUCCAACUACAGUAAAAAGUGUUAUAUUGUAAAAGUGCAUUCGAAGUAUUGAAGAAGCCCCGUCGAAGUUACUGCAUCACGAAUCGACAGGGGCUAACAAUGUUUGCUAAGAAAAAGAAGAAACCACAAAUAUCUACACCAACAAACUUUGAACAUAGAGUCCAUACAGGAUUUGAUAAACGAGAGGGCAAGUUUGUUGGAUUACCACUACAAUGGGCUUCAAUAGUAGGAAAUAAUCAGAUCCUUAAAUCAACCAAUCGACCAUUACCAUUAGUAGACCCAAGUGAAAUUACACCUACAGAAAUUCUUGAUUUAAAGACUAUAGUACGAGGACAUAAUGAUCCUAGAGUAAAAGUAUUGAUAAAUGAUAAAACUACAGAAAAUGGAUUACCCAAAACUAGUACAGUUGCCAGAUCAAAUUCACUUCGUUCUUCAAGUCCUCCACGACUUAGGAGAGAUUACAGGCAUAAUACUAAUCUUCCACCAUCUGUUCCUGAAGGACAAGAAGUAUCUUCAAAUACUAGUCAAAUGCAAGGAUAUACAAACUUUGGAAAACCACAUAGUUACCUUGAAAAAAUGAGACAAAAUUCGCCAAGUGUUACAUCUGGAUUAAACCCUAACAUUCAAAAUAUGAUUCCAAAUCUUCAAAACUUAAACCCUAAUAUGCAGUCUUCACCAAAUUUGACUCAUGCUGGACAAAAUGCUCCUAAUUUAUCUAUUAAUUUUCAAAAUUUAAGUCCAAUUGUUAACUCACAAAGCUCAACGUCAAAUCCAACUACUCCACAAGUUCCAGAAUCUGAAUUCCACAGAUUAAAUGCUCAAAUGACGAUGGCAUCAAAUCAAUAUAAUGGCAAUCUUCAGAUUCCAAUCAAUGAAGUAUCUACAAGAGAUCAAGUUGCUCAAAAUAUGUUAUUACAAAAAUUGCAACCAAAAAUUUCACCAGUUGGAUCAAUAGCCUCACAAAGACCAUUAAGUCAAUUGAGCUCUCAUAAUAUUAAUAAAUAUCCUCCAAAUUAUAAUAUGUGUGAAAAUCCAUCUACGAUGCAACCUCAUUUGAAGAAACCAAUGGAAACCUCACAGUCAAUGCAUAACUUAUCAAAGCCAAAUGUUCCUUCCACAGUUGCUGGAACCACUUCAACUCCAGAUCAAAAUCAAAAUAUGAAAAAUGCGUUAUCAUCAGGUAAUUUAACAGUUGGCUCAAGUUCAAAUAGUUCCAACAAACAGACUGCUGAACAGCGACUAACACAUGAGCAAUUUCGGGCAGCUUUACAAAUGGUGGUAAGUCGAGGAGAUCCUCGAGAAAAUUUAGAAAAUUUUUUGAAGAUUGGAGAGGGUAGUACAGGAACUGUAUGUAUAGCAACAGAUAAAAGUACAAAUCGUCAAGUUGCAGUAAAAAAAAUGGAUUUAAGAAAACAACAAAGGCGAGAAUUGCUUUUUAAUGAAGUUGUUAUUAUGAGGGAUUAUCAUCAUCCUAAUAUAGUAGAGAUGUAUGAUAGUUUCCUAGUAGAUGAUGAGCUUUGGGUUGUGAUGGAAUAUUUGGAGGGUGGUGCAUUAACGGAUAUUGUAACACACUCGCGCAUGGAUGAGAGUCAAAUUGCAACAGUGUGUUCUCAAUGUCUUAAGCCAUUGGCAUAUCUACACUCACAGGGAGUUAUUCAUAGAGAUAUUAAGUCUGAUUCAAUAUUACUUACGGCAGAUGGAAGAGUGAAAUUAUCUGAUUUUGGUUUCUGUGCUCAAGUCUCUCAAGAAUUACCAAAGAGAAAAUCUCUGGUUGGAACACCAUAUUGGAUGAGUCCUGAAGUUAUUUCUAGAUUACCAUAUGGGCCUGAAGUAGAUAUUUGGUCAUUAGGGAUAAUGAUCAUUGAAAUGGUUGAUGGCGAACCACCAUUUUUUAAUGAACCUCCUUUACAAGCUAUGAGACGUAUAAGAGAUAUGCCACCUCCAAAAUUAAAAAAUUCUCAUAAAGUUAGUCCACGUCUUCAAGGAUUCCUUGAAAGAAUGCUUGUUCGUGAUCCAGCUCAAAGAGCAACAGCAGCUGAAUUGUUACAGCAUCCAUUUCUUAGGCAAGCUCAAAGCCCAAGUAUUUUGAUUCCUCUAAUGAGAGGCGCAAGACAUACAAAUUGUUGAUAGGUGAGAUGAGAUUAUUAUGAUUCCAUUAAAUGCUUUCAUUAAUGAUUGCAAUAGUAGACACAGAAGAGGAAAAGUGCUAAAUAUGCCUGAUGUAAACAGUCAUAAUUAUAUUGUAGAUCAUGUAAAGUAUAAUAAUGUUUAGACAAUUUAUUCUGAAAAGUUUAAACAUUCCAAUUAUUUCUGAGCUUAUACAUAUUAAUUUAUAUAUAAAUAUAUGAACUAUUUGCCAAUAAUAUUAAUGUUAUGAAAGCAAGAUGUUCUAAAGUUACGUAUAAAUAAAGUUCAUAAAUUUUUCUUGAACAAUUUCUAAAUGGUUCCUGAAUAAUUUGCGAACUUGUAUAUAAUUUUGGUUUAUACAUGGCUGAUAAUAUUGGAGAAAUAAAUAAGAUAUCAAUUUAUAUCUACUCCAUGUAGAAUAAAUAAAAAGUGCCUU